AUGGAGCCGGCAGAAUCUCUGCGUCAUUCAUUGCUUGGUAGCCCUAGAGGCCCCGUGCUUGGUCCGCUUGGUGCGGAUGGACUGAAAGCUCGAGCGCCAGCACCAGCUGCACCAGCUCCGCCAGCUCUUGCAGCUGCAGCUCGAGUUUCAUCCGAUGGGUACCUUGCGUCAUUUGCGUCACUCGGGUCCAUCCUGAAGCCUGCGGUACUGGCAGGAGUGGUCGGUUCUUGGCAUCGGCGUGCCAGGAGAAGGGAGUUGAAACAGGCGAAAGCUGUGCGCACUAAAUUGCUUGCUGGCUUCAAAGUGGAAGAAUGGCGCCGUGGCUUCUUUGAGCCUGAUGAUACCGAGCAAGGAUUCUACUUUAUCGAGGAUGUGGACAUGCCGGCAGAUUUGUGCGGCACCUUUUUCAGGAAUGGACCAGGCAAGUUCCAAGCAGGCAAAGACAUGGUGACCCAUCAGCUUGAUGGUGAUGGCUUGGUCCUCGCGAUCUCAUUUGACCCUGAUGAGAAGCGGGUGUGUGUGCGACACCGCUUGGUCCAGACUCAAGGAUUGCUACGUGACAGGUAUGCCAAGAGAAUGUUUGCAAAAGGAUUUCAUGGCACCCCUCCAGGCGAGGGUGGCUUGGGCAUUGACCCUCGCAAGAAUGUGCCAAAGCAUACUGCAAAUGCAACAAUGAUGCAGUGGGAAGACAAACUCCUCGCAGCGGGGCAUUUUGGCAAACCGUUCGAAGUUGAUCCUGCGUGCUUGGGAACAGUGCUUGGGAAUGAAGAUGAAGGUUCAUGGAAUAUUGAUGGGGCUUUGGGUGAUGCUGGCAUAGGUUCUUUCCCAAGAGUCUGCGGAACUGAGGAGUGUUUGACCUUCAUCACCCAGACUCCAUCUGCUCUGAGUACCACAGUCAGCUACUUGGAGUUUGCCCCUGGUGCCUGGCGGCCGAGGUAUCCGAAUGCUCGGCAAAUCGAUGUUGGAGGCUACACUCGCUUCUCCGAUUUUGCCAUCACACCCAAGUGGUUUAUUUUGUGCAAGCCUCCUCUUCGGGUGGAUGGUUUGGGUGCUGCCCUCGGCAAGACCUUCAGCGAAGUUUUGGAUUAUGACCCUACUGGCACUUCUGAGCUGAUUUUUGCGACCCGGCUGAAGAGAGAUGAGGCUGAGAUCGUGAUUCCUGUGGAUAAUCUUGUGUGUGAGGAGUUUGUGAAUGCCUACGAGGAUGGCAAUCGAGUGAUUCUGGACAUGAUUGCAGCAGAUCGUUGGGAUGGCAAGGCCAAAGAAGGGCGCCCCAAGUGGGAAGAAACAGAUGAGAGCACCUGGCCCAAGCUCAGGUUGGUCCGUUAUGAAGUGGAUUUGGCAUCUCAGACUUGGACGAAGACAGAAGGUCCGGUGCAGAAGAAUUUGUGUUUCACUUCUGUGAACAGCACCAUGAAUGGCAAGAAGCACAGAUACAUUUUCGGCGCCGUGUCCCAAGCAGAUGCGGGACCUGCAAGUGGCGUUGUGAAGGUUGACAUGGAAACUGGUACUGUUGAUGAGUGGUUGCUGGAAGCUUCCGAGUUCUGUGGCGAACCUCUCUUCAUCUCCAAGGAUGGCGAGGAAGACGGAGGCUAUUUAGUGACUGUGACCUUCAAUGGUGAGAAGAACAGCAGUGAUGUGGUGGUUCUGGAUGCCAAGUCUGUCUCCCAAGGACCGAUUUGCCGUUUCUCCUUGGAGAGACCAAUGCCACACGGCCGACGAGCUUGUUGGGUGCCACAGGUAACUUUCACUCCAGAUGAGAUGAAGAGAAAGACAACAUUGAUGCGGAUGUUUGCAAAGAAAUCCAUGGAGUGGAGUGCCGUGGACCUUGGUUCUAGUGAGAUGGAACAGAUGAUGAAGCAGAUGGGUCUCGAUCCAGCAAUGAUGAAGCAGAUGGGCAUGGACCCCAAGUCCAUGCAGAAAAUGAUGAAGCAGAUGGGACUGGAUCCGAGCAUGUUGAAGAUGAUGGGCAUGGAUCCAUCCAUGAUGAUGAUGAACAUGAUGAGCAUGAUGAACCCUAUGGGUAUGAUGGGUGGCAUGGGCGGUGGAAUGAGCAAGUCCACGAUGAAGCAGAUGGGGAUGGACACCAACAUGAUGCAGAUGAUGGGUGGAAAAAAAGGAGAUGGAGAAAUGCUUGCCCUUGAUCAGACACCUGCAAUGUCGAAAGGUCAGUCGCCACCACGUGGUCGUUCUCGCUCGAGAAAUGGAAGGCGGGAGCGCUCGGGUAGCGCCAACCGACGCCGACCCCCUUCCGGACAGCCGCCGAAGGAGGGGCAGCCUGGGGCAGAGGGCAAACUGUCACAUGCUCAGAUAGUCAAAGUCUGCAACGAGCAGCAUUUGUUUGCUCGACCUGGUUUCAGCGCAAAGUCACCACAGGAAGACCAGUGUAAGCGUGAGAUGUGUUCCGAGGAUGCUCUCCGGCGUCUCUUUCGGCCAUCAGCUCAACAGGCGCCGCCCGAGGAUCCUGCCAAGGCCAGAGCCGCCAGAGCUGCCAGAGUCGCUGAGACGUCUCGGGAUGCUGCCCGGGAUGCAGCUACUGCAAAGGCAGCAGCUCCACACAUGCAGCCAGAUCCAAAUGACCGACGACCUGUUGGUUUUGAAUCUGGCGAAGGCGGACAUGGCAGGACUUGGCAUCCCGAUCCUUUAAAUCCACAGAUGAAACCGCCCGUCAAGCUUUGGCUGCCGGAGCCAACUGUGCAAGAACAGAUCCCGCAUGAUGGACCUCCAGAGCCACAAAGACAUUUUGCACAAGAAGAGAGGCGGAAGAGCCCUCGCCGCAAGAGCCGGAGCAAGACUCCGAGAAGAAAUCGUAAACGCGGCAGUGGUGGCUGGGAUAAUGAAGAGGCGCCACCCGCGCCAGCACCUUCAUCCUUUACAGCCCAAGCUGCCCCAUCGAGGCCGGCCCUGCCGCCCGGAGCAGCAGCACCAAUGCUGCCAGUUCCGGCUGCACCAGGAGGAGGAGCUGCACCAGUUCCAGUGAACCGCUUUGGAAUUCCGGAGGCCACGCCUGAGGCGCUUGCUGCCGCUGUCUUCCGAGCGCAGCAGGUAGAACAGGCUGGUUUGGAGGCCAUCCGGUCUACAGGGCAGAUCCCUAGAGGUCCACCCGAUCUUCCCACUGGAACUGAAGUCAUUGAACAAAAAUGUGUUGCGUACCUCAUUGGCAAGGGUGGCCAGGCGCUCGCCGCCAUCAAUGCUGCCGCUGGGGUAUCCAUCCAGAUUGAUCAAAGCACAAAGAGCUUUGGCUGGAGUAUGGCCAACAUUUACGGCACCGAGGAAGGUGCUGCCAAGGCAAAAAUGAUCCUCAGACAAAAGGUGUCGGAAUACCGUCCUCUCCGUGCGUAA